AUGGCCUUCAAAGAGACACAGACUGCCGAGGUGUCGAUACCGCUGCCAAGAUCGCUCGACACGCGCAUCUACAUCCGCGUCGUGACCCUCGAUAAGGCGGUGAUGGUAUCCCUCACGACGGCGUCGCAAGAGGAAAUGGGAGCUACAACGCCAAUGGGCUCCAUGGUCUAUGCACUUCCUGAUAGAUUCAACCCACAGCAGCCACUGGCCACAACAAUUUUCACGGCGGAGGCCACUCUCGAGUUCACAACACGAACCGCGAGAAUCCUGGCUAGAAAGGCAAAUCGCCCGUUCUAUGUGACAAAUUCAAUCAGCUUUGUGAAUGCCGGCAUGGGCGGCACCGUGGAAGAAGAAAUGGAGGCACUGAAGAAUGUGAUUGAAGUUGUCUCUGGCCAGCUAAAGAAAGAGGGGCUGCUCUCCAGCACUGAAAUCAAUGGAGCUUCAUAG